AUGGCAGGGGCAAGGGCAGUAGCGGCAUGGCUGAGCGCUGCCGCUCUGUGUGCUCUUCUUGCUACCAUGAUGAAAGAUGAUAUUCGAGUUAUGCUAAAACAGAGAUUGAAUUUCCUUAACAACUAUUCAGUUAGAACCGAUGAUUUAGAUAAAAUGCUGGAAAAAUACAGGAUCGAGAGGGACGUCGCGCUUGCUGCCAUAGGCCACCACUCGCUCACGGAAGUACCUGCGCACGAUCCCAAAUCUGAACGAGAAAAGCUAAGAGAACUGAGGCAGCGUGCGAUAGAGAAGCUGCACAGAAUUUCACGGGGGCGACGAGAUUAUUCUCUCGGGAUCAAGGAAGGGGACCUCAAGACUGCAGCGAACCCUGACUGUGACGAGGGGGACGCUCGGCUCGGGCUUUGCGGGGUUGAGGUUCCAUCUCCCGAAGACGAGGAGAUGCACAGUGCGGAGGCCAAGGUGGAAAAGCAGCUCACGGCGAGAGAAAAGGCGGACGACGCAGAAAGGGCUGAGAUCAUGAAGCAAAUCAACUCGAAGAGGCUUGCAAAGGCGCAAGUGCUCAUGAAGAAACUCUCGGAAACAGAUCAGAGGAUCAACGAACUGGUCCAUCACACCUUGAAGGUGGCCGCGAUGGCACCGCACACGCCCAGCGGAGAUGAAGGAUGAUGUGUUGGAGAACGCUGCCAGAGUGCAGAGAAGAAACGCAAACCAUCAAAAAACAACAAAUUCUUUAUUCUUAUCGCACAAGCCAAUC